CUCGAUCUUGACAUAUAACAAGCAGCAAUACUAACCAACCAUAGCUAGUCACGUACCAAAGCGUAACCGUCUUUGUUAUAAAUGAAACCGCGUUUAAUCCAAAACCAUUCAUUUGUGUUCAUAUUGUUUUAUAAACUCUCUCUCUUUCGGUUCUUGUUAAACUAUCUCUUCACAAACUUUGAUUCUUCUCUAAGAUGGCUUGCUUGAUUUCUCCAGUAAUGAAACUCCGACGUCUAUCCUCGGCUGAUUCGCGGCGGUUUGCGUACCGGAAUCUAACUGACGACGAUAUGGAGGAUACGGUCAUAAGGGUGGUGGUAGGGAAGGAGAAGAAGGAGUUCAUGGUCGAACCGUAUGUACUCGAAGAGAUACCGUUUAGAAUCUUGAUUGGUUUGGCUAAGGAUGGCACUAAAAGCCGGUUAAACCAGACCAGUAGAGUUGUCUGGCUUGAUCAUGUAGACUCGAUCUUGUUUGAACACUUGCUGUGGCUUCUUCAUAACGAUGCCUCUACAUUUUCAGAUAUGGAUGUUGUCGAGAUCGUUGAUUUCUAUGCUCAAGAUUGCUAGAGAAAUAAAUUGUGAUGUUAUAACAUUUUACACGUAUAUUGUGAUGCUA